AUGCUGAGCAGCGCAGUCCAGAGAAGUGUAUCUGCGCUGCUGGGGAGGCAGCCGUUGGCGUGGCAGGUCGGGACCGAAGGGGUGCAUACCACUGUGUCCCGGCCGAAGGCGGAUAGUCCAGCGUCCGGCCAGACUUCUCCGCCCCCUGCCUUCGACCCAGCCUUGUUGGAUUUCCUGGUCUGCCCCCUUUCCAAGAAGCCUCUCAGGUAUGAAAUGUCAACAAAUGAACUGAUUAAUGAAGAAUUGGGAAUUGCUUACGCAAUCAUUGAUGGCAUUCCUAAUAUGAUACCACAGGCAGCAAGAAUGAUACAUCAGAAUAAUCAACAAGAAGAAAAAGAACCAAAGUAG